AUGUCCGAUCUAUUCACCGGAAUCACAAGUUCAUUGAAAACUGCCGCAUCUGCGAUUACAAAAAGUGAUCAUGUUCGAAAAUUGGCCGAUGCCAUGUGAGUGAUUUUUAUUUUGAAGAAUUACCUUAAAUGUGGAAAAUUUUAGGAGUGAGGCUAUUAUGAACUAUAGUGAGGCAGAAAAACUUGUUCGCGAAGCAACAAAUGAAGAUCCAUGGGGACCAACAGGACCACAAAUGAAGAGACUAUGCGAGUAUACCAAAAGGUAAGAUUUUCAGGGGGAUAAGGAAAAUAUGCCCCUAUCAAUAUUAUUCUGAAUACGGUUGUAUUAAUCAACCUAUUUUACUUCCAACAAAUAGGGGGCCCAAAUUGGAGACCAAUUACACCCAACUGUCUUAACAAAAAUUCACCAUUUACUUAAUUUUCAGCGGACGCCUUGAAGAUUUUUACAACGUCUACACUCCAUUGUUCGGCAGAAUGUUUGAGAAUAAUCAAGGAGCAUGGAGAAGAGUAUAUAAAGUUAGUUUUCUUUUUCCCAGGAAAGCUGGCUCAACCUAAAAUUUUGAAUUUUUCAGAGUCUUGUACUUUUCGAUUAUUUGCUCAAAAAUGGAAGUGAAAGAUUUGUGAAUGAAUCCAGAGAGAAGAUUUAUGAGUUAAGAAGAUUGGAGAGCUACAAGCAUACAGAUGAGAAAGGAAAAGAUCAAGGAAUAAAUAGUGAGUUUUUCGAAUUCAACAUUUUCGAAAUAUAAACAAAAUGUUUCAGUCCGUCAUCGUGUUAAGCUCAUUCUUGAUAUGCUCAACGAUGAAGAUCAAUUGCGCGAAGAAAGAUCAAAAGCGAAUUCAGUUGACAAGAGUAAAUAUAGAGGAUUUGAUCAAUAUGAUAUGAAAUCUUCCUCUUCUGGAUUUGGAUCAUCAGGAAAUUCGAGUUGGGGAAAAAGCUCGUCGUCUGAUUUCAGCAAAAAAUCGAGCGAUUAUGGAAAAGAUGAGUGGAGCAAUGAUGGAGGAAAUCGUGAUGGAAAUGGUAGUGGUAACGGAAAUCGUGAAGUAUCAAACUUCUCAUUCUCUGCGAAUAAAGCUGCAAGCAAUCGUUCACCAUCUCCUGAACUUGGUUUUGUAAACGAUGAUGUAAGUCGAAUUGUACAAUUCUUCUAUAGAUUGAAAUUAAUGUUCAUGUUUCAGAAUCGCAAAACUCAAGAUGACGACGAUGGUUUUGGCGAUUUCGUCAGUUCAAGAUCAACUCAAUCAGCUCCAACUUCUAUCAACACUGCGAAAACUGCAAGUAAGUUUUUCAUAGAGGUGGUGAGAUAUUUUAUAAUUUUACUAGCAUAAACUUGAUUUGAAACAUCUCAAAAUACUCGAUAAAUGUUUGGAUGUGAGCUCCGAGAGAAGAACACACAAAUUAAUUAUGUGUGCUCUUUAGCUAAUUUUGCUUCGUAGAAAGACAACCCCCUUAACCUCAUUUCAAAAUUAUGUUAUCGGAAAACUCAGCGAAAUAUUUUCAAAGCCGUUUUUGAACAUCUAUGACAGAUUACAAUAUUUUUUUAGGAUCAUCAAAUGCAUUCUCAACGUCGCCAAUUCCAUCAGCAAUUCCACCACCAACAGCUUCAAAUAUUUUGCCUAGAAAACCAUCUCUCACUAAUGGUCAGUUUCUUUUUGACAGUUGCUUAAAAAAAACGUGUUAAUUUUUUAGAUUCACCAAGCAACUUUGAUCUUUUGGGAGGACUUGGAGCACCAUCAGCGCCAGCAGCUCAAACUGCACCACAAUUUGAUCUUUUCUCGGUUUGUACAAAUCAAUAACUAAUUUUGUUCUCAGAAUAAUUCUUUUUUUUUCAGCAAAUCCCAGCUGCACCACAACAAUCAACACAAACACAAAAAUCUGCAUUGAUUGAUGAUGUUUUUGGAGAAACUGUGAGUGUUUGCGAAACAUAUGAUUUCAAAUAAAUUUGUAUUUCAGAUUUCGUCGCCAGUCGCAGCACCAAUUCUCACAUCUCCACCAGUUGCUCAAAAUUCAUCGAUUGGCGGGCUCAAUGACUUCGAUUUUGGUGCCGCGUUUACUGCAACUCCAGCACCUGUACCAAUGCAAGCACAAACCACAUCAGUUACCAAACCAACAUCUUUUAAUGAACCAAAAGUUGGUAACUCAUUUGCUGGUUUGGAUCAAUUCAUGAAUUUGUCACUUUCCCCAUCUGGAACUACUCCAAAAGCAAAAACAUUGAAUCAAAUGAUGGGAAAUUAA